AUAACGAUAACGCUAGAGGGGCUAGGGGAGAAAAAAAGAUCGUGAUUUAGGUAUUUGCAUUCGGUUGCAUUACUCCAGUUGACAUUUAGAUAAAGAAUUGUCUUUUUUGUAGAGCUGUACGAAACCUGUCCUACAAAUAUAAGUUCCUGAAUAUUGUAUAAUUUGAUGGAGGAGAGUAAUGAGCCUGUGAAGAUUGUGAAGCUGCCACAUCACGAGGAAGAGCCACUGUGUGAGACUCGUGCAAAAUAUAGACAAGGCAAAAAGCUUACUGCAGUGAAGGUGUACACGGUCGCUGACGAGUCGCGUCACCUGCUACUGCGAAAUGUCACCUCUCUGGACAUUGCUGACGAGCUGGCGGCGCUGUGCCAGCGGUUCGGCCCGCUGGCUCAGUUCGGACCCGUGGAGGGCUAUGAGACGGAACGGUUCACCAAGGUCUACCAUGUCCAGUACAAACGGAUGGCGGCUGCCAGGUUUGCCAAAGUGCAGCUGGAUGACCGCAGUUUCUUCGGUACCCACCUGAAGGCGUGCUACGCUCCUGAGCUGGAGACUCUGGAGGAGACGGCCGACAAACUGCGCUGGAGGCGACUCUACUACCGAAACGGACUGGCCAGAGGUCGGGGAGGACGGAGACCGGGAGAGAGGACGGCGGCCGUACCGCCAGCUCAAGCCGACCCGGGCCCCUCCGGUGACCCUCCGCCCGCCGCCGAGCCCCCCGGGCCCCUGAUCGGACCCUGUCUGCCCCUGCCGGGCGAGUGGGUCCCUCAUGCGGCGGAUGGCGGAGCACAGCAGACUGCACCGCCGGAGCAGCCGGAGCCUCCGACCGCCCCCGACCGGCCACGGAAACGGAUCGUCUUCAAACGGAAAAGUUUUGUCCAUUCCAGAAUACACGAGACACCGGAGCAGCAGCCGAACCAGCCAGCUGAGACUAGCAGUAGCAGUUCCUCGGCCGAGCAGAGUCUGAUUGAACGGACGACCGACCGGCUGCGUAUGGUGCGCGAGCAGAUCCAACAGGCGGUGCUACAUUCUAUAGAGAAGAGGCGGCGCUGUGACGAGGACCCUGGCGAUGCAUAACCCCGCGAGGCCGUCAAUCUACCGUCCGCGUUCGUCCUGCGCCUUACGGCACCGUGGCGGUGUCGCAGCUGAGCUAUACCGGCGGUAUUGAUCUCUUAGACCAAAACCUGUUGCCGACGCGGCUGGGCCUGCGCCACCGACGGAGAAUCGUCGCCGCCGACGGAGCUAGAAUCGUCGCCGCCGACGGCGCUACGAGCCGACGGAGCCGGCAGACGGACGGACGGCGGGUCAGAGGGUGGUAGGAGCGACUCACUGAGGGGUAGAGGUAGUCGAUAGGCGUUAAUUGGGGCAAGACGUAUUUGGGAUAGACUGUAGGGUGGCAGUGUACAGGGUGUGCGGAAGGAAGAGUGAGGACUGUAGCGAGGCAGAGCUUCUGAGAAGACAGCGCUGAAGGAUGAAGGCUACUUUGGUGGCGGCUAUGGUGCUGGCGGCUCUCGCCCUGCUGGGCGGCGCCAGCGCUCAAUACGACGUGGACGAUGCAGGAGAUUACGAGGACGACUUCCUGAACCAGCUGCAGCAGGACUACGCGCUACGGGCGGCGCAUCUCAGAGACGGCAGCCGGGACGUCGACUACGAGCGCAGUCCGCCGUUCGGACGCGGCGACUACAUCGACGAGGUGUAUGACGACGAGAGCGACGACGAUUGAGAUGUCGGGGCAAGAAUGUCAAGAAAGGCACAGCGCCGGUCGCUGAGGGUGAACUGUUUCUCGCUGGGUGUUUAUGAUGAUGCGUAAGAUGUGACUAUAGCUGGGAUGGUAACUAAGAACCUCACUGGCCACGAUUUGUUUAAAUACCUAUAGAGAUUGUAGCCUGAAAUGUAAUGAUUUGAUUCCGGCGAGGAAAUGCUCCUGAUUCAGAUGAGAUACAGAGCUUACCGUCAGACUCAGAAUGUACGUAAUCAUUGGUUGAUGUUUAACUUUUAAGUUGAUCUGGAAUUGAGGAUUUGAUCAUCUUGAGUCAUUAAGUGUCUUUCCAACUUAGUUGACAAGAGAGAUGCAACUCCCCUGCUGUACUCGCAAUAUAACAUGUACAUUGCACAUUGCACAAUGAUAGGCGAUACUUCUUAUUUCACACUAUCGCUCAAUAAUGUGACUACGGGAGUAAUUAGGCUAUUUUCACCACAUUUGUGUGGGACUGUCUCUUCAAAGAGCCGAUCUCUGGAUCAACGAUAUUGUGACGCCUAAGCAUGCCGCACUUUCCUAGUAAGAAUACAUGGCGGAUACUA